GGAAGUGACAGGGUGGGGGGACUCUGGCUCCUCCUGCCAUUAGGGAAAUAUUAACUUAGAGUUCUGCUACCAUUUGGGGGUAAAACUGGUUAGAAAGUACCUUGCAGAAAACAGCUUAAGACUGAAUAGGCACAAACGACAAUGCAAAUUCCUAUUUUUACGGUUGAUGCAUUUACAAACCGGCCAUUUUCUGGAAAUCCUGCGGCAGUUUGUCUGCUUGAAAAUGACUUGGAUGAAGAUUUGCACCAAAAAAUUGCAACAGAAAUGAACCUUUCAGAAACUGCUUUCAUCAGAAAACUGCACCCUGGAGAUGACUUUACCAAAAGUUCCUGCUUUGGACUCAGAUGGUUCACCCCAGCCAAUGAAGUUCCUCUCUGUGGUCAUGCUACACUUGCAGCAGCUGCUGUGUUGUUUCACAUACAAAAAAACACAAAUUCAGUUCUCACAUUUGUGACGCUGAGUGGGGAAUUAAAAGCCAGACAAGUGGAAGAUCAUAUUGUCCUGGACUUACCACUUUACUUAACCUACCCACAGGUACUUCAGGAAGUACAAGAGUUAAUAAAGGCAGCCGUUGGUGACAUGAUUGUUCAAGAUCUCCGUUAUUCUCCUGACACAAAGAAACUCUUAGUCCGCCUCAGUGAUGCUUAUGAAAGGUCUGUGUUGGAAGAACUGCAAGUGAGCGCACAACGCUUUUUGUCAGCUGAAAAGACAGGAAAGGUGAAAGGACUCAUACUCACUCUUAAGGGAAAUUCCAGUGGAAAACAUAAAGGCCAUGAUUUUUACUCCAGGUAUUUUGCACCUUGGUAUGGACUUCUGGAAGAUCCUGUUACAGGAUCUGCCCAUGCUGUUUUAAGCAGCUACUGGUCAGAGCAGCUGGGGAAGAAAGAAAUGCUUGCUUUUCAAUGUUCCCGCCGUGGAGGAGAGUUGAAGAUCUCACUGCGUAAUGAUGGAAGAGUUGACAUUGCGGGGCAAAUUGCUGUUGUAUUAAAAGGAAACCUGACUUUCUGAAGAUAUUGACACUAACAAUUUCAUCUCCCGCACUUUCACAUUAUUCAUAUUAUGCUGAUUAUAUCUUAGCUCUAGGCAGUGAAUCACCACUGUGCUCAAAAGUCUUUGAUUACUUAUUGUCCAUCUUUAAAAAUUGCUUGAAAAUGCUCACUUCUAAUCUUCAAGAUCCUUGGUAUUGUUUUCUUCACUUUCAUCUUGCCACUUCAUAUGUACACUGAUCUCGGAAAAUGUCCAAGGACAGCUACCUUGUUUUUCUGCUUUUAAAUGAUUCUUUUCUUUAUUUCCAAUUUUCACGUUAAAAGCCAUUCCUGCUUCCUGUAUUGAAUUGUAAACUUUUCUGAUUGAUAAAAUAAUCAAACUUUUUCCAUAUUCAGUCAUUCUCCAUGAAAUCUGACUACAGUCCUUUAAAAAAAAAAAAUCUCUCUGCCAUAUAUUGAAAUGAUGCUCAUAUGUUCAUUAAUUUACUUGAAUUAAAAUAUGAAAAAAAAUGGUUUAGAA